AUGGCAAAGAGUCGAUCGAGAGCUGAGAGAGCUCAAAAAAUGGUGAUCAAUUUGAAGACAACAAUCACUGCCCACGGUCCGCACAAUGGAUUAAUCGUUCACUCGGCGAUCCAAGGCGCUCCACAGAACACAAAGCUUCGCAAUUCGGGCUCUCUGCAAUCCUCCAAUCAACCAGCCGGUUGGCCAUCGACUUCAACAAAUCCUUUGCAAUACGAAGUGGGAGCUAUUGAAACUGGACGACCGCAAAGCGCUCUAAGCUAUCGACAACGGGAUUACCCGCCUUUGUCACCGCUACGAGCGGCUUCUCCACAAUUGGCAUUUGAUGGAAGCGACAGUCCACCCGAUGAGAUGUUCCCGCCAGAUCGGAUCACGUUGAAUGUUUUUCAAACGGGUGCCACCGAGGUGCGCCGAGUCGAGACGCCGCAGCCAGUGUUCCCACGACGAUCCACUCAAAUACAGAUUCCGCAAGUAAAAGCUCAGCAAAUCGCUCGUGGUGGUGAAGGAGUGCUAAACGAUCAAAUCACGACGACAACAACGGUUGAGGUUUUUCGCACGCCAAUCGAUCUAGAGAAUCCAGAAAAGAUAAUUCUGCCACCACCACCUGGAAUCGACGAAAGAGCACAUCUUGUGAGAGGAAAUGGGCCAAAUUAUGAGCGAUGGACAGCGGCUAGAACCGAGACCCUGAUCAAUGACGCGGCGCCAAUGGAGGCGAGACGCGGAGUGCAAUGGCUGAACAACGAAAACGAGAAUUAUCCCGUUUACAGGGCACUUCCGGCACUUAAAUCUCCAUCACUUCAAAAACCCUCACCACCACUCGACGUCCCAGUGCUGAACACUUUCGAUGAGAGAUGGGAACCUUCUCGACCGUCACCAGUUGCCAGGGAUCCCUACUCUGAUGUCUAUGCGACUAAGGAAAGGCGAUUCUCCGGACGAUCCUCUGGACGAUCUGUGCCAAUUCCAGUGGAACGAGUGCCGAACAGUCAGAGCAGACUAAGCGACCCAUUGCAAGUGGACACAUCCGAUUCGGGCUAUAUGGCACCGCGGAGAUCCGAUCACUCGACACCGCAUCAUCAUCAUCAUCAUCAGCAUCAUCAGCAUCAACAUCAUAGCGGACAAAGAGAGGGAAGACGAGCAAGGAUCGUCGAAGUGCAAGAACGAACCGAGAAAACAACAGAACAACGAGAUCGGAGAAGAGCGAGAAGUGGAGUGAACAGAUCAAGGCACACAAGGAGAUAUCACAAUGAACAAAUCGAGCGCCGAAACCGAAGCCACAGCCCUCAACAACAGGCGGCAUCGCGUGAACGCGUCUCGCCUCGCGCCGAAACUCAUGAAGGCUACUUUGAGGCCGAAUUCGGCCAGCACACGCCAAGUGGUCAUCAACAAACGAGCGGUAGCGGGGAAAUCUUCAAAUUGUAUCAAACAAGAGAUCCGCUUGGAAACGUGAUCGGACAUUUCGACACCUACGAUGAGAUCCGAUCGUACGCCGAGGAUUUCGUCUUGUCACCACUCGCCGAAAGCGAGGAUUCACUCGUGUCAGAGACGUCGAAUCGAAAUGAUAAGGUAAAAAGCGACGAACUUGAGAGACGACAGAGCCGACCGGUGACACGCAAUGAUCUAUUGAGACACCUAAAUCGACUAAAUGAAGAAGAAGAAUUGGACGAAGAGAAACGGAGAAGAACAAUCAGGGAAGAGAAGUUAAGAGAUGCGGAUCGAGGAUUGCGGAAAGCGGCUACAAAGGAAACGAUUUUUGGCAUCAAUCGUCCGAGUCGCCUCGACGAGCCACCUCGAUUGCAAUCGUUCAGCUCACUUCCACCAACCUCGUCACUGAUCUCUACAUUGAGGAGAACCGAUCGUUUGAAUGCCAUUCCGCUAGAUUCCAUCUACUCAGGUAGUUCCUCGUCCGACGCACCGCCUCCAGUGCCCCGGUACGGUCCAUUUAGCCCCCAGGCCUCUCCAUUAUUGUCCACAUAUGAAACGAGCUCAUUUUUUGGCUCAAGAUCGCAAAGUUUACCUCCACCACGGGGUCUGCAUCGAACAAAAGCUCUGGAAUUUCAUCCAAAAGCUCAUCUCGAGCCACCAGUGAUCAACGUAAAAACCCAUGUCUACGAUGAUCCGAAAAGGAGAAGUCCCCUCCGCUCGACAAUCAGCCAACCGACUCGCCCAUUGAGAUAUUUCGAGUUGAACGAGUUGGCUCCAAUGCCACCGCCGAGGUCAAGCCCGGGACGAAGUUCUGAAGUAGCCCUACCACAAGUGAUCGUCGGUCCGGCAUCGAUGAGCGAUGCAUUCAGUGAGAAGAGUCCACCAUCAGAGCUCCUCCAAACGAGCAGCUAUUCGACGAGCGGUUCUUCAUCGACUUCAUCCACUCUUCCAAUCACACGAGUGAGCAUUUUGCCUCAGAAGAUCGCUCGCCCCGAUGCGCUUUUCAUGCCGAGGAGCUCGUUCAGGAAGCAAGCGAUAAAUCCAAUCCUACCAACUGAUCCCGAUGAAGCGAUUUUCUCGGAACAAUCCGAAUGGGAAGAUCGUCCAAGUCCAUCACCGUCGGAAACUGGCAGUGUGCGAAGGGUGAUCGCCGAGGAAAUCAAUGAACAACAACCGCAACGAGCCAUCAUCAUCAAAAGGGGCGAAAGUCCUCGUGUGGAUCGCUCAACUUUGCCCACUCCUCCACCGCCUCCACCGAUCAUUCCAACAAUUGAUGAGGCACCGAUGAGAGUCGAGAUUGUCCAGGAGCCUGAUUCCCCGGAGUCGCCUCUUCCCCCGCCGCCGCCAUCUCUCACAAUCCCCUCUGCGUCAAUGAUCGAUGAAAAUGAACAAAAUGCUCUCCAAGAGAACCAAAUCGAUAUAAAAACACCAAAGUUACCGAGUUUGUUGGCCGAUUUCGAGCGAGUGGAGGGAGAUGGCGAGAAUUUGAUCGCCGGCUUGACGAUGAUCGGCACAAGGAGACGGGCUCAUCCCGAGAAUCUCCAAUUCAAAAAAGUCACUCGAUCCACAUCACUCUCAAGGAUACCCGAAGAUCGAGAAUUGACCACAACUGAGGCAAAAAAAAGCGGGAGAUCAUUCGGAAUCCCCUUGAUGCCCUCCAUGUCGUGUGAUUCGAUUCCAUUCGCCGAUGAGAAAGAAAUCGAGUACAGAGAAUUCAUCGUGGAGCCCCGGGUAGCUAAGUCGCAGAAAUCCGCAAGCUCACUGGCAAGUCCAGGAAGCACUGGAACCCCGCCCAGACUCGACGUGACCUCCAGCUCAAGCCCUGAGCCUAUUUUGGAGUCAAAGAAUUUGCCCAGUGGGGAGGAAACUGCCCAGUCCUUAUCCCCAGCUCCAACGACUCCGCAAGUGCAGGCCGACUCGCAUAAACUGAUCAUCACCGGUUUCGAUCUA